AUGACUUUGUCGCCACCCGCUCAUUCACUCGACUCGAUCAACGAGGCUGCGGAUCAAGACCCUGCGGGCAUGGAGGUGUCGGCACCACCGUUGCGGAGUUCGAGUGAGCCUCACAAUGAAAUACUAAAGGGCGCGAGCCCACCGCUAUCCUCUCAGAUGCUGGUAAAUCAGCAAAGCCCGGCCGGGCAAAUACUUGGCAAGAGAUCGAGCAUGUCACAACACUCCCAUCGCCGCUCUCUCGUCGAUCUGUCGGGACUGCCCGUCGCCGACCUGCUGCGCGACAUCAGUCUCCAAGAAGUCCUCGAUCUGCCUUCUACGCCAAAAGCUGGGCCGGUAAGAUUUGACGAUGAACACACCGAAGCGCUCAGCGCGGAACGAGAGCAGUAUCGAUCAUGGCGAUUGGGAAAGGCGAAGAUUAAUGGUCUAUCGAUUGCGGACUCUCAACGGCGCAAGAGUCGAUUCGAGCUGGGUGUGGCCAAGAUUAUUGAUGCGCAGCUGCCCAAAGCCGAGCCAUCGAUAGCGAAUGUGCGGAGUCGCAAAACGAGCCAUUAUCUGGGUUUGUUUAGAGAUCCGGAGCAAGAGGAGCGCAGCAACGAUGGCAAUAUACCUGUCGCAUUGACUCCAGCAAUGGGCGAGACGACCCCUACCGAAAAUCGCGCAGCCAAGCCAGUCCGCAGUGAGGGACAAAUCGCCCCAGCUACGGCAGAGACCCCCACAGCCACUUCGCGUCCCGCCCACAACCUCCCAUUGGAUCUCUUGGAAGAUAUUCGAAAUCAUCAUCACCUGGUACCAGGAGUUGCUCGUAGCACUGCAUACCACAAGACUGUCCCCGAACACGAUAGCGAGCACCGUCGGAAGCAAGAGCUCAAGUUCAAGCUGGACCAAGAUGAAGAGUCGGAUCGUGAACACAUCUCCUCCGCCACCUACUUCCCCCAUCAAGGUGUUGCGAUUGAUGAUUCUCCGCGAGAUGAUCAAAUGGUGCAACACAAAGUCAUCGAGGACGUCCCGACAACCUUCCGACGAGAGUCCAGCUCGGACGUUGACAUUGCUCUGCGUUCCGAGCGCGCUCAGGAUUAUCUACAUGGCGACAUGUCCAUGUCUCGUGCGCCGUCUCUCGCAGAUUUUGAAGAGCUCCCAAAGCCUUUGAUCGACAAUGAUCGGAUGUUCUCAGACUCUGAAUACGAGUCCAUGUCGGAAGGUUACGAGACUGCGGUGUCGGAGCAUGAAGAGACGACACCCACCGCGACGCCUCAAACACACAUGGGCAUUGCGAUCCGCUCUCCAGAACAACGGAAAUCACAACACCCUCCACCUCCAAUCGGAGCCGUGGAACUCAAACCCUAUAAACACCAAGUCGGUGGCCACACGACUGUGUAUCGCUUUUCUCGCCGUGCAGUGUGCAAACAGCUCAACAGCAAGGAAAACAUCUUCUACGAGACCGUCGAGAAGAACCAUCCGGAACUGCUGGGGUUCAUGCCCAAAUACAUUGGCGUUUUGAACGUGACGUAUCGCAAGGAGCAGAAGAAGCGCCGGCCUACUGCAGUGGAGCAGGCAGACGUGAGCUCAGCUUUGCAGAAAGACGUAGCUGAGCAUGGCGGGGGUGAUGGCACAAACCCCAUUGAAGAUAGAGCCAACUACCCGCGCAUCUUCAGUCAUUCUCAUCAGACCCCAUCCGCGAUUCCACAAGUCAUUCUCGAGAAUAACAGGCAUCUGAUCCCGGAAAGUCUGUUUGGUCUACCGCGUCGAUCGCUGACUCCGGAUCUACACCGAGCAAGUUCAUCUCCUCCCCAGCGACUGGGCGGUCAAAGCGACGAUGAGUCGUCUGGCAGAGGCUUCCGCCCGCAUCUGCGAGCCAAGUCGAGCUGGGGCUACACCACCGUCAACGAAGGCUUGCGCGACAGGGUGUUGCGGGAGGUCUUCACGCCACCCGUCAUCCACCGGCAUGAUCGCCGACACCGGGCACAUCCGUCCCGACCUUUUCGCAAGUUUAAUAAAUCCAUCCAGGACGAUAUGCCGUCUCUGGAGCGAUACAAUACCGCCGAUUCUGCAUCGAUGCUACGUGAGGAAUCCCACCACGCCAUCAAGAAGAAAGAGCCACUGCACCGACAUUUGGAGCGCGCUCGCUCGGAGAAUGUAGAUCUCGAUACGUUCCGUCGGGAUGGAGCAUCUGGACUUAGCAGGAGCGUACACGAGAUCACCGGCGAGCAAUUGCAACCCAUUACAACCACCACCAGCAACAAAUCACACCGACGGCGGCAUUCCGGAAGCGGCCUCCUCCGUAAACCGAGAAGCGUCGAAGGCAGCAGAGGCGAUCUGCAAUACCACGAAGACGAAGCGUAUCGCGCGGAUGGGGAGGGAGAAGAGAUGUUUGAGAUUGAAGAUGUCAAUCGAGGCCCAACCCAAGCCAACUCAGAGCUGCUGAUCAAUGUUGAAAAGGCGAUGGCAAAGGGCGAAGAGCCAGUCAAGGUCGAUUCGGCAGCUUUGGAGCCUGCCUUUGAGUUUGCUGCGGAUCCCGAGCCUCGCAAUCCCGAGACAUCCCUCGUUCAGCAUGAUGAGCGAGUGGAGCAUUUCCUCCUCCUCGAAGACUUGACGGCUGGGAUGCAGAAGCCGUGCGUGUUGGACUUGAAGAUGGGCACUAGGCAGUACGGUGUGGAAGCCACCACACAGAAACAGGCAUCUCAACGGCAAAAGUGCCAGACGACCACCUCCCGUGAGCUGGGCGUGCGCAUCUGCGGCAUGCAAGUCUACAACGUCAGGCAGCAGACGUACGAGUUCCAGGACAAGUACUAUGGACGUGAUGUUGUUGCCGGUAACGGGUUCAAGCACGCCUUGAAGAGCUUCUUCUUCGACGGCAUCGGGCAUGCACAAGCGCUCAAGCACAUUCCCAUGAUUCUCGACAAGAUCAUGGCGCUGGACCGCAUCAUCCGGGCGCUCCCCGGCUACCGACUAUACGCGAGCAGUCUACUCAUGAUUUACGACCGUGGAGAUGCAGAUGUGCAUGGCAAAUACCGCAGCAGUCUACGCCAUCAGACGCAUCACCAUGACAAGGCGGCCCCGUAUCCCGACAUCAAGCUGAAGAUUGUCGACUUUGCCAAUUGCGUCACCGCCGAGGAUGAAGAGGUGGUCAAGCGCAAGCCGUGUCCGCCUCAUCAUCCGGAGGACGUGGAUCGAGGAUAUCUCCGGGGGCUGAAGACGCUACGCACGUAUUUACAGAAGAUAUGGGAGGAGUUGAACCAGCAGCGCAUUGCAAGGAAUGGAGAGGAGGUGGAUGGGGUGGUUUUGAGUGUUGCGAGUGUGCUGCAGGGGCGGGAGGAUGACAUGUUUGUCGAUCCGGGGGAAGUGAGCGUGUGA